UCUGCCAAUCCACCAAACCCUUCGUGCGCCCGCCGUCAUCGUUGUCAUCAUCAUCGUUUAUUUGAUAACCUCAAGGGUGCAAAUCUUAUUCUAGGGUUUGUGUUUGGGAGAUUCAGAAUUGGAUAACAAAAUGUCACAAAAUGGCAAAUUGAUGCCCAAUCUGGACCAAAACAGCACGAAGCUCCUUAAUUUAACAGUUCUUCAACGAAUUGACCCUUUCGUCGAGGAAAUUCUCAUCACUGCUGCUCAUGUCACCUUCUAUGAGUUCAAUAUUGAGCUCAGCCAAUGGAGUCGCAAGGACGUGGAAGGGUCUCUCUUUGUCGUCAAGAGGAAUACACAGCCUCGUUUUCAGUUCAUCGUAAUGAAUCGGCGGAACACAGAUAAUUUGGUUGAAAAUCUUUUGGGGGAUUUUGAGUACGAGAUCCAAGUUCCAUAUCUCUUAUAUCGAAAUGCUGCCCGAGAAGUUAAUGGCAUUUGGUUCUACAAUGCACAUGAAUGUGAAGAGGUUGCAAAUCUUUUUAGCAGGAUACUUAAUGCCUACUCCAAGGUUCCUCCGAAAUCGACGGUCUCACCAACUAAAAGCGAGUUUGAGGAACUGGAAGCUGUACCAACUAUGGCAGUUAUGGAUGGUCCUCUGGAGCCAUCAGCAUCAACUGCUUCCAAUGUCACUGAUGUGCCUGAUGAUCCGGCCUUUGUGAACUUCUUUAGCACAGCAAUGAGUAUUGGGAAUGCUUCAAAUGCAACAGCUGUUGGACAGCCUUACCAAUCUUCAACUCCAGUCCCUUUACCUUCCUAUCCAACUAGUGUACCCACUCCCACUGUGCCAACCUUGCAAAUACCAUCUCCUCCUCUGUCAGCAUCUACUCCUUUAAUGCCAAUCCUAGAUGCUCCUGAUGCCAACAGCACCAGCAACCGAGCCACUAAUCUUGUAAAGCCUUCUUCAUUUUUUGUUCCUGCACCAUCAUCAUCUGCACGGGUGAUGCCGCUUGUCUCUUCAUCUAUUCCUACUGCUCCUCCACUUAAUCCUACUGUGAGCCUACAUCGCCCAUAUGGAGCUCCAUUGCUUCAACCAUUUCCACCACCCAAUCCUCCACCAUCUCUCACUCCUGCCUCAGUUCCUACUGCAAAUUAUGGAUCAGUUAUUAGCAAAGAUAAAGUUCGGGAUGCACUUCUGGUGCUUGUUCAGGACAAUCAAUUUAUUGACAUGGUGUAUCGAGCGCUGCUGAAUCCACACCAUUCUUGACAAAUUGGAAUGGGUCAUGACCAUAUCUACUCGCUGGGGUUUUUGUUCACUGUGAAGCUUUUUUUCCCAUCAAGUGUGAAAGAUCAAAUCUGUAUAGCAUUUUGCCCGGUUUGAUGACGGUACUCAUCUUAAAUAUAUAUAUAUAUAUAUAUAUAUAUAUAUAUAUAUAUAUAUAUAUAUAUAUAUAUAUAUAUAUAUAUAUAUAUUUGAUUUGUCUCUUAUUUUUUCUGAAGCUGAUCAAUAUAUUCCAAUCUUUGGUUGUCAUUCCAUACUCGUUGUUAGUAAGGCGCUGAUGUCUCGUGGGCUUGGCUAUUGAUUUCUUUGUUGUGAUCCUUAGGCUGUAUCCAUUUGAUUUAGUUACUUGCGCUAUAUUGUAUCGUGCAUUUCCAAAUAAUGUUAAAGAAUGUGAAUGGUAAUAAAUGAUUAAAAAUAUAUUCUUUUGCUAAAUAGCAAAAGAUAAUCAUUCCAAA